AGGUCAUGGAUAGUCCACUUACCAUCGUUGUGUUCGGUGCAUCCGGUGAUCUGGCUGCCAAGAAGACCUAUCCCACCUUGUUUUCCUUGUUUGUGCACAAUUUCUUACCCCAACACACCCAAAUCGUCGGAUACGCGCGAUCGAAGCUCUCCAAGGAUGAACUUAUCAAGAAGAUUACACCCUACAUCAAGCCUAAGAACGAAGCCGAGAAAGAGACGAUGAAAAAGUUUUUCGAGCUCCUCUCCUAUGUUGCUGGAGCGUACGACGACGGCGCAGCAUUCAAGAAUCUCAACGACGAGUUAGUGAAGUGGGAGGACAAUUUUGAAUCAGCCGCCAACCGCAUGCACUACCUGGCCCUUCCGCCGUCUGUGUUCCAGCCAGUCACCACACACAUCAAAGCAGAGGUCAUGGCCUCUGAAGAGUCUCAGAAGUGGACCCGUGUCAUCAUUGAGAAACCAUUCGGCAAGGACAGCGUGAGCAGUGCCGUGCUUUCCAACCAUCUCGCGAGUCUAUUCACAGAAGAGCAGAUUUACCGUAUCGACCACUACCUGGGUAAGGAGAUGGUGCAGAAUCUUCUGAUUAUGCGCUUUGCCAAUGCCAUGUUCCAGCCCAUCUGGAACCGCAAUUACAUUGAGUGCGUGCGAGUCACGUUCAAAGAGCCGUUUGGAACACAAGGCCGUGGUGGCUACUUCGACGAGUUCGGCAUCAUCCGAGAUAUCCUACAGAACCACUUGCUUCAGGUCCUGUGCAUUGUCGCCAUGGAGAAACCCGCGUCACUGGACGCUGAUGAUCUGCGCAAUGAAAAGGUCAAGGUCUUGAAGGCGAUCAAAGGCUUGUCCAUGGACGAUACCGUGCUGGGGCAGUAUGUGGCAUCGAACAUCCCCAACGACGAAGACAGCAAACUGGGUUAUCUGGAUGACAAGACAGUGCCUGACGACUCCAAGACACCCACGUACGCCUCCACGGUGCUGUACGUUGAGAACGAGCGAUGGGAUGGCGUGCCCUUCAUUAUGAAGGCCGGCAAGGCGUUAGACGAGCGUAAAGCAGACAUUCGCAUUCAGUUCAAAGACGCUCCCGGAGACAUCUUCAGUGCCUUGGGCGGCGAAGUGCACCGCAACGAAUUGGUCAUCCGAUUGCAGCCAGACGAAGCAGUCUACAUGAAACUCAACAUCAAGAGCCCUGGACUCAGAUCCAGGCCACUCCAGGCUGAACUGGAUGUUACAUACAAAGAUCGGUUUGAAGACGAGCGAUUGCCGGACGCAUACGAGCGACUGCUUCUGGAUGUCAUCCGCGGCCAACAGGGCCACUUCGUUCGUUCCGACGAGUUGGCUGAGGCGUGGCGCAUCUUCACACCGCUGCUGCAUGACAUUGACGCAGGGCUGGUAGAGUCGCAUGACUACGCCUACGGGUCACGAGGUCCGUCUCUCGGAGACGACCUAGCCAAGAAAUUCGGCUACAAAUACCACAAGGGAGCGUACAUCUACUCAAAGCAACCGCCGCAAUAAGUGGGCUACUCAAAGGUACCGCCGCAAUAAGUGGGCUGGGCUACUCAAAGCUACCGCCGCAAUAAGUGGGCUACUCAAAGCUACCGCCGCAAUAAGUGGGCUACUCAAAGCUACCGCCGCAAUAUGUGGGCGGGGCUGGGUCUGGGUCUGAUGUGUGGUACAAAGCGUGUGCGUAACGAGCGUAGCCUCGCGUGUGUGGGUGUGGGUGGACAUGCUUGUGACAUGUCGCAGCACAGCCACACGUCUGUGUGUAAGAUUAAGGAGAGUAUCGUCCCGUACCUCUAUCCCCGUUGCUUGGCAACGCUAUGGACGAGUCUCUGUGGGGUGUUAUUAGGUUCAGCACAAUGCGAUAGAUACAUGCGCGAGACGUCCAUGUGACUCGCCGUGCGGAAGACUCUGAGCGCUGUGACCGAGCGUGUGAAGUCACAAGGCAGUCGUAUUGGCUGAGGCCAAUGGCGAGAUGCGGCACCAUGCAAACUGUAUAGUAGUGUAGUGGGGCUCCUUCUGUAUGGAUGUAAUACGCUCGCCAGAGAGGGUAGAUCGGAUAUUCUAAUCAAUAAAGCUCGUGUUGGUUAACUCACGUCGCGU